AUGCCGACUCUCCUGCCGCUGGCCUUUGCGCUCGGCGUCCCAACGCCGCGGCCACUGCCCGUGCCCGCGGCGCCUGUGCGCGUCGUGCGUGCUUGGCCGCCUCCGGGAGCAGACCCGUCCCGCAUUUGGAUUGAGGGCGUCUCUUCCGGUCCCCUCGGCCGAGCGCCGGAUCGGCUCUUCGAGCGCAUCUUCCGCCAGCGUCUCGCCGCAGAGCUCGGUCGUGACGCGGCGGACCCGACCUUUCGCGGCAUCGUCGACCUCGCACGGGCCCUCGUCGCGGAGAGGGGGCCGGACGUCGCGCUCGCCUCGCGGCGCGUGCUCAACGAGUGCUUCCCCGACUGGCCGCCCGUCGCUGCCCGGCGGCUGCUCCCUGCCAGCGUGUGUGGCGACGUCCGCGCGACAGGGAGGAAGGGGCUUCUCUUUUGGUUCGAGGUCCUCUUCGCGCGGCCCUUCCCCGCCUUCUCUGGCCGGCUCAAUGCGUGGGUGACCUCGUGGGCGGCGCAGUGGCUGAUGGGGCCCUGCUCGCUCGAGGGCUUGGCGCCCGAAGACCUCUCCGAACUGGUCCUCGUCCACCGCUGCCGCUUCCUCGAGGAGUCUGCGUGCGCGUCGAUCUGCGUCAACGCGUGCAAGAUACCCACGCAGGCCUUCUUCAACGAGGAGAUGGGCGUGCCGAUGCGCAUGGAGCCCUAG